AUUUCCUCUGAUCUGCGCAUUCCUCAUUCUCUCCUUAUUUUCUCUCUGUUUUCCUCUCUGCUUUCCAGCUGCUUUAGAUUGGUUCAACCAUGUUGAGUGUCAACGCCGCUCAUAAUAUCGUCGGCAUCAUUGGGAAUGUCAUCUCCUUCGGCCUUUUCCUCUCUCCAGUUCCAACAUUUUGGCGUAUCAUUAAGAAGAAGGAUGUGGAGGAGUUUCAGCCAAUUCCUUACUUGGCAACUGUUCUGAACUGCCUCUUCUGGGUUUUAUAUGGACUCCCCAUUGUUAAAAAGGAUAACAUCCUUGUCUUCACCAUCAACUUGUUUGGCUUCAUAGUUGAGAUGAUCUACGUCGGCAUUUACCUCCUUUACUCUGAGAAGAAGAAGCGAAAUAGAGUCCUCCUUAUCCUUGGGGGUGAAUCUGUUUUUUUUGUGGUCAUGGUUCUCAUCGCCAUGCUGGCUUUUAAGUUCAAGAAUAGGGCACUGUUUGUGGGGAUCAUAUGUGAUGUCUUCAACAUUAUCAUGUAUGGUUCCCCUCUUGCUGUCUGGAGGAAGGUUAUUAUGACCAAGAGUGUUGAAUACAUGCCGUUCUUUCUCUCCUUGGCUGGUUUUGCUAAUGGCUGCAUUUGGACAACUUAUGCCCUCAUCAAAUUUGACCUCUUCAUCCUGAUUAGCAAUGGCCUUGGUGCUAUCCUUGGUGGUAUUCAGUUGAUUUUGUAUGCCUGCUACUACCCUUCAACUCCCAAGAAGAACAAGGGCAAAGAUGCUGGAAAGCCAUCUGAGGUGCAGCUCGCGGGUCAAAAUGCAGUCUGAAACCAAUUCCUUCCAUAUUAGGAGAGAGAGCAAAAAUGUUUUCCUUUUGCUUUUUUAAGUUCCUAGCAAGAAUUUUGCAGUUGUUCAUUUAGACUUAACACUAAUAAGGGUUUAAUUUUUUUUUUAAUAGUAUUUCCUAUACUUCUCUGUAGAUAAAGUUUUGCUUUCCUG